UCCAGGUUCCUCCCGUUCCUCCCUCAUUGCGUUAAGUAGAAAGCACAGCUGUAGUUGUGCAAAAUGUCAGUGUAGUGAUCCAUCUCCAAGACCAUUGAGCCUUAUCCGGAAGCCAAGAUCUGACCCAAAGGUUGUGAAUAUGUCGCCGAUUGAAUCUGAAGAGGGCGUGUCGGUAGCGGAAGAUGACGUGGAGCGAGAGGAAAUCAUUGCCUUAGAAAGAGAAUUCCAUUGGCUACUCAAAAAUGAAGUUCACCAAGUGCUCCAUGAACUUACGGUUGUACUGAAGGAAUGUGUGAAACGAUUUCCCAUGUCUUUGUGCGAUGUGGAAAGACCACCUUUGGUCGAGAAAUACCUACUUAAUGCUCCCUCUACCACACCCACGGAUCAAGUGAAGGUUAUUGUAACCUUGACGGGCGAUGCCAUCUCCCAAGCUGAUAUUAACUUGAAACUGCCUCGUCCGGGCAAAGAUCUUUAUCAAAAUACAAAUGUCCGGGAAGAUCAACCCUGGAGACUUCAGCAGAUCCAGGAUGCUGGCAACCAUUUGCAAUUGGCCAUUACAGAAAUGGGAACCAUUGAUGACGAUUACCAAUUCAAGUCCGCUGAGGAAGUGGAUCGUUUCUUAAGUCGCGUCAUGUCAUACUUGCAAAAAAGCCGCUCUGCUCUGGUUAAUCCCAGGAAGCGGACUUUGGAGGAAUUGCAUAACAGCAAACAAUUGAAAGCCCUCAACCCUCAAUUGCCAAGCGAAUUAGCGCUCAGCUUCUUCAUUCAAGGUUGGAAACUUGUUUUUGCAGUCUACCAUAUAGUAAACGACAAAGGGGUUUCCAAGUUCAACCGAUACCAAGCUGAAUGCGCUAUUCCUUGGAUCAACGAAGUAUUACUUACUCUGACUAUUGGUCUUCAAACUGCUCAGCAACUUCGCGAUAAGGUGAAAGUGUUCACUCAAUACCAAGAUUUGGAUCUCGAUCAUCCUGUUGCCUCGAUAGAUCCUUGAUGAGACGAGUAGUAGUUGAUGAAUCAAGGAUCUACUACAAUUCAAGUUUAUUGGCUGUAUGCUUAAUGUACAGCAACUAUUCACUCCUCCUAGCAUAUACUGUCACGUUACCAAAGGUUGUAUUUCCUAAACUGUUCUGCAUGGUUAUUACUAGAAAUAAAACAUAACAUUCCAUCUU